AUGGUAGAGAUGGUGAACGGAGUGUAUCUCAGUAGCGUCAUCUCGGUGCUGGGCAUUGUGGGAAAUGUAUUAAACAUGGCGGUGUUUGUGAAAUUCGGGCUGCAGUCGACGAUAAACAUCAGCUUCACAAUGUUGGCAUUCUCUGAUCUCGCCAGCAUGGUCACACUGUUGUGGUAUAACGUCUGCGGAAGUCCGGAAUUCAUGACUUCCGGGGUGCCUUUUAUCUUCGCGGAAGUGAAGCACCUGACUGCGGGUUUUCCCCAUGCCUGUUUUAGCCGUGUCACCUCCUGGGUCACCGUAUACAUCACGGCGGAGCGGUUUCUCUGCGUGGCGUUUCCGCUGAAGAUAAAACGCAUGAUCACGCCAAGAAAAGCCGCCGGCGUGAUCUUCGUGAUCUACGCCGUGAUGAUCUUGUCCCUACUCCCGGAAUACUCCACCGUGUACUUAACCUGGAUGUUUUAUCCCUCGCUAAACAAGACCCUCCUUGGACUUGCUUUCACCAACAACCGAGAAGACUUUGAUGGCGUGAGUUUACUUUUAUACGCCGCCUUUAUGAUCGCCUCUUUCUUCGGCAUCACCGGCUUCACAAUCGCCUUACUCGUCGUAUUUAAAGAUCAGUGA